UGCAAAUGUCAUGAAUGUCGUUCCUUCACACAAAAGGCUACCCACACCCCAAAGGUUGAGGCUUUACUUUUCGUUUAGUUCACAUUUUGUGUUGCUGAACAAUGAUUGUUUCCAAAGCCGCUCGCCUUGGAUGGAGCAGUUCCGCCGUCUAUCUUGAGCCAGCACUUCGACAAAGGGCUGUGGCGACGUCCAUCAACCUCAAUAGUUUCCAUGCCCGAUCGGCGGCAAAUCCCUCAGUUAUGGCUAGCUCAACGACGUCGUCGGCACUAAGUAGCUUUUCUAGCUCAAUCAUUGAUCGCGUCUCUUCACUGAGUCCGACGGAAGCCAUCGUACCACUGAUUGGGAUUGUGUCUCUCUUGACGUUGUUUCGGUAUCGUAACGCCAUUCGCAAGCGUAUUCAACAAAUCGAGGAAGAAUCCUUACUCUUUGGGAUGGGAUUGCAAAUGAAGCGUAUCAAAUCCACCGAUGACAGAGCCCUCCUUGAGACGACCACUUUCCGAAAUCUCAAACUUCUCGAAUUAAACCCCGAAUUUCGCUCUAAAUACGAAGCUAAGGGCUGGCAGCUAACGAGUCUCGGCGAAUACCUCGCCUCUCUCCGACCCAAAAUGCUGCCCAAACAGCUUGACAUGAAAGCGAUGCCGCUUAUAAUUCAAUCCGAAAUUGAAGCGGGAUUGUCGGCAGCCCUACUCAAGGCUCUGGGUCCGAACCUCGGUCGAGCUGUUUUGCCCGCUGUCGGCACUGGUCUCGUUCAAAACAAGGCCAAAUCUGUUGCAUCCGGUAUUGCCACUCGUUGGCUAUUAAGUAAGCAACAGGAGGAUGUGGACAAGGGUGGAAUUCCCAUCAAUUUGCUCAAUUUGUUGGCCUUGUCUGACGCAAACGCCAAGUUCGAUGCGGAAGAAAAGCUGGCCCGAAAAGUACAGGAGGAAAGCUCGAUACCUCCGCGACCAGAACCGUCGGCUAUGGAGAAAAUGAAACUAGGAGAAAUCGGAUACACUCUGGCCGGGAGUCCUUCAUUUGCACCACUGGAGGAAAAUGACGAAAAGCAGAUCUCAUCAAGCGCGACACGCGUGAAUGGGAGCACGCGGCAGACUAGACGCACUCUUGUGCCCCAAAAUUUCGUGGUCUCCAGCGACUUUGAGGCAGCCGUCACCGGUAUGGAGGACGCAAUUCGCGCUCAAUCGGUCUGUGAAGGACAUUCUACCAAGGACGAAGACUUUGUGCGUGAAGGCAUUCGCGAACUCGACGACGAGAAUGAUGCCCACACCAUAGCAGAUUGCAAGCAUAGUAAGACCUAUAACUCUGAAGGUCGUGACAUGGCGGAGCCCAUGGAAUUGAACCCCCGCCUUUUUCCCGACCUGUACUUCGGUUGGGGUGACGCCAAGUGUCCUUACACCAACCAGGAAGUCAUCCGUAAUCGGCUAAUGUCCGUCCUCUUAAAUCGUCUGGGGGCAAACUACAACCGUCAUGUUCACGGCGACGAAGAAAAUCUUUUUACUGUUCAAAUGAUUGAAGGCGGAAAAAUGAUCACCAAGCCCAGUGAUUUUAUUCAAGCUCUCGUCGAUUCCGGACACGAAAUUGAGGUGGUCCCGACCUCACAUGUGACCACUUUCGGAAUUUCGCUUUGUGUCAAAGAAGGCGACGGGUCUUUCUCGAACAUUCCUCUGGCGUGUUUCUUGGAAAGCGGCUACGAAGACAAGGACGGCAACAUGGCAUCAGUCGCCAUGCCGCACUCUGGUCUCGAUAUGGACAUCAAGGGACCACUCAUUGGUAAACGGACGGAUGGGUCUGACGGUAUGUGCUCUAUUCAGCACUUUAUUGCUGUCGACGGAUUUUGCGGUUGGCACUCCAAUCACAACGCAGAAGUACCUUGGUUGCGUGGUGUCGAGUGUGGCCACCGCGUGACGGGCACAAAGGCAGUACGGGCAACUCGGCUAGCGGGCCUCUACGCGAACGUGCUAAAUGGACUAGCAACGGAUUUGGACUUGCCUCGUGGUGGGUAUGGUUUGACAGCGGUCUGUAAUGACUCUGCAGCUGUCAUUGAGCAAUGUCUAUAUGGUACAAACAGCAUCUACCCUAUGACUUCAAUUGGACGAUUCAUGAUGCGGACGGCUCGGUAUGUCUCAGAUUUUCGUGAGAAAUUAGAAGGCUAUGGGGGGAUGGAAGAAGAGCUGGAAGACCUGUGCGCUAUCCUAAACGCCAUGAAAAAGCUUCCUUCCGAUAUCAAUGCAUCACCAACCAACGCUGAAAGUGCGGCUAGACGCAUUCUGCACACGCUGCCACCAGAUAUGGGAUUUCAAAUGAUGGUUGACUGCAAAAAGAUUAUGGAAUCGAUCUUGGAGGAAGAAGUUGUGGGGGAGGUUGCCGCAAGCAAAGUUGCUGACUAG